AUGAAUAUCUUAAAUCAAAAGUAAGUACAAGAAACAUAAGAAACAAUUUGCAAAACUCAUAAUCUAGAAUUCUUUGCAGUUGACUUAGGCCUAUCAAAUAAGGCCUAGAUCUAAUUCUUUUGUUGUAAAUGUUUAGUUGAGAAAAUAAAUAAUAAUAAAGUUACUACAAUAGAGUAAUCCAAAGAGAGAAUUUAUUUGGUAAAGGCAUAAUAAAAAGACAUCAAAACAAAAGAGAAUUAAGCAAGGCUCAACUAUUAUAAAGUUAUUUUAGAUCAAAUUUUGGAUUUUAAAUAAUCAAUUAAUGAUUCUUUGGAGAAGAUGUAUAAAUAAAUAUAAUAAUAUAUAUUUCCGAUUUAGAAAGAAAAAUAAGAAUUAUAAGAAUAUGAAUCAUAAUUAAAUUAUUUUGAAGAUAUAAAAUGGUUAUCAGAAUUAUACUCUUAAGAAUAAUAGAGUUCACCUAAAUUAAUAGAAGAUAAUCAUUUCAUUAAUGAAAUAUAAAGAUAAUUUGAACUUUUGUUUAAUAGUUCUGAAUACUUUUAGACUUUAGACACAUUUAAGAAUACAAAAGAGACAAUAAAAGAUAUUAUGGACAAUAAUGUAAUUGAAUUAAUACCUUCAAAUGUAACCAAAAAUGAUUCAGCAUAUAAUAUUUAUUAUGAAUAGAAAACACCAAGUUUAAAUAGAAUUUGUAACAAUCAUAAAAAAGAAAUAAUUAUGAUUGAUAUGGAUCCAUAAAAUAAAAAGUUAGAAGAUAGAUUUGCAUGUGUGGAUUGUAUAUAAGAGAAUCCAUAAUCUAAAUAUCAGACUAUUGAAAAUGUAGACAAGUAAUGGAAAGAAUGCAAUACAGAAACUGAAAAAAUAUUAGAAUAAUAUAAAAAAGAAAGUAAAGAAAAAAAAUCUGAAUUAUUUAACUAAUUAGCGCAUAUGAGAAAGAAUUACAAUAAAAAGUUGAACGAAAUAAGUGAAAAGUUGAUGACAGAAUAAUUCUUAAGUGUUGAUAAAAUUAAAUAAUCAAAUCAAAUGAAAAAUAUUUCAAUUCAAACAUUAAGUGAUGAAUAAUUGAUGAAAGGUUUGAAAUUAUUAAUUGAAAAGGAAAUAGAAAAAACUCCUUAAAGUCAAAUUAUUACAAAUUUAAAAAAUAAACACUAGAUUUUAAAAAAG